UUGAAGCAGUCCGGGACCAUAUUCACCGCAUUCUGGAGACGGGGCACGGCUUGGGAUUAUAUUGUUAUCGAUGAAGCGCACAGGAUGAAGAACGACAGGACAAAGCUCUUUGAUUCUUUAUGUAGAAUUGAUUGUACACACAGAAUUUUGAUGACUGGGACGCUCAUCCAAAACAACUUGACGGAAUUUUAUGCGCUGAUGAACUUCUGUUGUCCUAAUCUACUUGGAGAGUCCGGACAAUUUCAUGAAAACUUCAGCAUGCCAAUUGAAAGGGCUAGAUAUAGAGGCGCAUCUGCGCAAUUGAUAAAAGAGUCAAUAGAAGCAUCUGAGAGGCUGAAGAAACUUGUUAGCCCUUUUGUAUUGAGAAGGACGAAAGAGAUGUUAAAGAAUAGCGCCUCUAAACUUGGUACUAAACAUGAAUUGACUGUGUGGUUGAAGAUCUCUGCUGCUCAAGAAUAUCUUUACACCAAUCUUAUCAUGAGCAAUGUUUUGGGAGAUGAGCCUGGCACACCUUUGGCAGCUUCUCAAGUUGCGAGGAGUAUCUGCAAUCACCCAGUAAUGGUGAUUGGUUCUGACUUUGAACAGAGGGGUGAAUCAGAAGAGAAGAAGGAUGCUUUAACUGACAUUAUCCGAAAAGGUUUAUUGGCGGUCAGUAACAUCGAGGAUAUUGAAGUCGACGACUACAGUUUGUCCAGCAAAGUAGCUUUUACUUUAUAUUUGGUGGAUAGGCUCAUCAAGGAAGAUAUAAGAUCUUGUUAUUUUCUCAAUCUCCACGAACAUUGACGAUGAUAGAGGUAGUUUCUAACAAUAGUUGCAUAACUCUCUUUUUGCCGGGUCAGCCAAAGGUUGGCCAACCAAUUUCUUAAGAUUGGGGAGAAAAACAAAGGAAUGUUACAGCGACAUUACAAUGUCGCGCUAGUCCGGGAGAGAUCCCAGACACAGCGUGAACAAGCGAAAGAGAAAUAGACAAUACAACAACGAUUACUCGCCGAAUUGGGAGAAGAUCCCAGCUACCCUCCAUACCGUGAUUUCUUCUUUUAUAUUCUCGGCUACUUGCUCCGUGGUCAUCGACACAUGCUGAAAAAUUCUAGCAUUUCGUUCCUUCCAAAUAAGCCAGCAAAUUAACAUGAAGGCACUGUCGAAGUCCACUUUGUAGCUCGUCCGAAAACGGCGUCGCGUUGCAAGCCACCAGUCAGCAAGUCUGCUGUCACCGUCUGCCUGGAUUGCAAAGUUUGCAUCGCACCAUCUUCUGAUCUUUCGCCAUACCUCCGCCGUAAAAGGACAGGUUACAAACAAGUGGUGGCAAUCCUCGUCUUCUCUCUCACACAGUGAGCAGAGGGGGUCGUGCGGCCAAUUUCGCUUCGCAAGAUUGUCGGCGGUGAGACAUCGAUCCUUCAACGCAAGCCACAUGAAGAA